AUGGGCUCGUCCUCGCGCCAUCGCGCUCGACAGCACGUCCCUAAACACGACGUCCAGGAGACCAUCGAGAAUCUCUCGCACUCGAAGCCUCCGAUCUCGACGACGACGGAAACGACGACGAAUUCGAAAUCCAUCGCGGGGGAUUCCAAAACGGGGGAAACGGAUGGGACUUCGACGAGUCGAACGAUGCAGAAGCAAACGGUGAUGAACGCGAUCGACGCGUUCCACCAAAACAUCAGGAAUAAUACUACUCUUCAAACGACGGAUGUAGAGACGAGCAGCAGGUCGUCCUCGUCCUCGGAGGAAACCAUACGUAGCGUUGGGAAAGAAAUGAUGGCAGACGAUAUCGAGGCGGCGUGUGCCCCCUUGAAAAGAACAACAGAGAGGAACGGAGAGCGAAGAGCGCUCGCGCCGGAUGCGCGAAACGGUCAAUCACCACCCGAAGAAGAAGAAGAAGAAGAAGAAGAAGUAGAAGAAAUAAAGAAUAUUAAAGAAACGAAACGGAGAAGCGAGAGGUGUUACGGAUGCGCGAGUUGUGCGUAUUACUGCUCGCUGAAAGAGUGCGAGUUUUGCGCGAGCAUGUUGGUGUUGGUUUCGUCGUCGAUGAUGAGAGAUACUCUUAAAGGUGGUGGGACAAAAAGACGAGAAGCAAAGACGACGGGUACAAUAAAUCAUCACCAUCAUCGAUCGAGUCGGUUUACGUGUUGCGACAUCGACCGAUUGCGAAAACGCGCGAGAGAAAGAGAAGGUGAAGAGGACGAAAAAGUUUGGUUAGUCGCGCACGGGAACGUGUACGAAGCGUCUGCGUUUGUGCGCUUUCAUCCAGCCGGGAGAGAGGUGAUGAUGAAAGGCGCCGGGAGAGACAAUUCCGAGGAUUUUGACAUGCACUCGAAAAGGGCGAGGGAGGUGUGGAGAGAGUUACGGGUCGGUGAGUUGAUCCAGUGCCCAGAGAGAGGGUUUGGAGGAUAUCAACCCAAACCCGGGUUUUCGGUCGAGCAGUGUACGAUUAUGUAA